AUGAAAGUCUUGAGCACAAAUAUCACCAUGAAUGCAUCGAAUCCCAAUCUAUCCUGCAUUGCAUCAGAUGGCGACGAAAGAAGAUUCGACUCAACACUCUCCGACGACUCUUAUGGUCCGACAGCACAUAGUAGAAGUAAUCACAUGGCAAGCAGCACACAACAUGAGAAGGAGCAGAAUCUGAAGGUGCAGGAAUUGCAGGUGGCUUGUGCUGAGCUCUCCUCGUUGCCUUCUGGCCGGACCGUUUAUCAGAAGCGUGGUGCAAUAUAUUUCCUCACCGACAGCAACACGCUUAAGGAGAAGAAGCAAGAGGAGCUCUCAAGACUGUCUUCAACUGCUUCCAAAUAA